CCAUUCCGCUCCGCUCGGCUGAUCUAUCAUGCCUUAGAGGACACGCCAGAAGACGACGCCUUCGUGCACUCAGUCCAAUCCGAUGCCCAGGCCUACGUCGGCUCGACCACGUCUCUGCUCCGGCCAGAAAGCAGAAAAGCCAGCGAAAGCUUCCGGGCGCAUUUGGAGAACUUACUGUUGGGCGUCAUCGUCUGCCUCGCGCCUCCUCCAUCAGUCCCACCGGCGGCACCCGUCCCGAUCGGUAUCAUCUAUUUGACGAGUCCGCGCCCUGGGAGGGAACAUCAUCGCAACAGCUACAUCAGUGUGGACAUCGUUGCCCCACACCAGCGUCAGGGCUAUGGCAGCGAGGCAAUCGAAUGGGUCCUCAACUGGGGGUUUCAGAUCGCGGGCUUGCAUCGCAUUGCGAUUGAAAGUUUGUCAUACAACGAGGGUGCGACGCGUUUGUACGAACGACUUGGUUUCGUGCUGGAAGGUCGGAAACGGGAAGCUAUUUGGUACAAUGGUGAAUGGCACGAUAUGAUAUCGUUCUCGAUGUUGGAGGAUGAGUGGAGGAACAAACAACGGAAA